GGCUCGCCUGCCUCGGUCUCCGUCGCUCCAGGGGCGGGUGAGGUGGGCUGAACCCGGGCCGCCGCCGCCGCCGCCGCUGCCGGGAAGAGGCCGAGAGCAGAGCCCAAGCGGGUCCCGGAGGAGAGCGCGGCUGCCGGGCGCUCUGUCCCCGUCCCAGUCGAAGCCAGGGGCGCGCGGCGAUGUGAGCCAUGAGCGCGACGUGGACGCUGUCCCCUGAGCCGCUGCCGCCGUCGACGGGGCCCCCGGUGGGCGCAGGCCUGGACGCGGAGCAGCGCACCGUGUUUGCCUUCGUGCUCUGCCUGCUCGUGGUGCUGGUGCUGCUGAUGGUGCGCUGCGUGCGCAUCCUGCUCGACCCCUACAGCCGCAUGCCCGCCUCGUCCUGGACCGACCACAAGGAGGCGCUCGAGCGCGGGCAGUUCGACUAUGCGCUGGUCUGAGCUGUGCGGCGCCCCCAGCCGGCCCUCCGCGGGGUCUCUCCCAGCGCUGAUUAGACGGGGCGCCGCCAGGCCUGGACCGCGUUCGGGAUCCUGACCCCGAGCCCGCAGCCCGAGGCGGGAGGGCGUUAGAAGACCAACCCCUCCCCGCUCAGACCCCUCCCAUCUUCGUGCCUUUAUCCUGCCCUGUCCUCUCCAAAACUCACCGGCCUGGCUGGCCCCGACUCUGAAGUCUGGGUGGAAAGAGAAUCCUCCCCACCCCAACCCCAGCGUGUAGGUGGCUCUACUAUUGGCCAGCCGCCAAGCAUGAGUGUCAUGUCCGCUCCUGGAUUUGGAGACCCCCGUGUCCCUUUUCCUCCCUCCCCCACCAUCUGGCCAUCCUCACUCCCCCGCUGCCAGCCCCUCUUUAGUGCUGAGCCCCUCUUUGGGUUCUGGCCCCGUGGGGCAGGCUCUCCUGGGCCCACGGGGUGGAUCCUGCAUACCAAUAUGCCCUGCGCAGCUGGCCCCGGAGACAGAGCCUGAAGAGCGACAAUGGCUGCUGUGUCCAGGAUGUGUGGCGCCUUCCGUGUGGGGAAAGCGUGGGCAGGGACCCUCCUGCCCCUAGCCCAGGCCCUAGUUCAGGUCAGCGCGCUCCUCCCUUACCACCUCCAACCCUUAUUUGUCCUCCUGCCACCUCCCUCUGAUCCCUUCUGCCCUCCUCCCCACAGGCCUUCCCCCUGCCUUCUCAUUUUUCCCUGCCUCUGAGCCGAUGGUGAUAAUAAAAGCUAUUAUUGAGCGCUUACUGCAUGCCAAGCAGCGUGCUGAGUUAGCU